AUGUCAUCAUCGAGCAGCAACUCUUCACUCACUUCCACCCUAAAAUCUGGCUGGAAAAACCUCACUGGGGGAGGAGGCAACAAUAAAUCCUCAUCAAAUUCCACGUCCAGCACUCCGACGAUCGGAUCUGCUGUCAACACUCAGAACGAAUUAUAUUCAUCAGCAUCAUCACCUCCUCUCGAUCAAAUGUCAGUCAAACAAUUAGUAGAAAAAAUUAACGUUUUACAAGUUCAAUUAUUUAUGGUGACAAAAGAAAAACAACAAUUGGCUUAUCAGAACUCAUUGUUGCAAAAAGAAAAUUUAGAGUUACAACAAUUGUUGAAACGACAAGCCUCGAACACUGUGAAAACAAAUACGGAACAAGAAAAGAAAAUUGAAAGUUUGAUUUCGAAAUUUGAGAAAGUUUCUGAAUCCAUGUAUACCAGACAAGCGAGCAGUGGCAAUAUUUCAAAAUCGCAUUCAUUGGUUCAAGACGAUAAGAAAAAACAACAUGAAGAAGAAACUGUAUAUCCCUCCAGCGAAGACGAUGACGAUGAUGACACCAGUUCUAGCACCACUCUUUCAUCCUCAAAUUCAAGCUUUAAUUUUCGAUCCGAUGAUCUCUCCUCCACGUCCUCUCAUGAUCAUUUAGGUGAUAUGGAUAACCUUAUUGUUCAAGCAAAAAACAGAAAAACAAGAUUACCUUCUGUGUUUAGAAAACCAACCGUAGCACCUUCAAACUCAUUUUCAGAAAAGAAGUUGAGCACAAAUAACUCGAGUAGUAGCAAUUUGUUACUUUUCAACACGACAAGUGAAACAAGUGUUGCUGCCGCUAAUACAUCAUCGUCUUCAUCGGGCACAAGUACUACACCAAAUGUUGAAAACAAAGCAAUUAAGGAGAAGGCAAAAACGACCAAUGGAACUUUAAUUAUUGAAUAUCCUGUAAAUCCAAUUUUCAGCAAAUCUCAACAAUCCACACCAGGAGGAAAACGUGUCACAAAAGGAGCUAAAGUAUCUGUCAUUCAAAUUGAUGACAUGUUUGCAGAGCCAGUUCAAGGAUUUGUUGUGGGAAAUGAUUCUCGUCUCUCAUGCGAAGGAGAUCGAAACGCUGCUGCAAAAAUUGCAGUCGAAAGAUUUUCACAAGACAUCUUGCAACAAUGUAGAGAGUAUAUUCAAAACGAAAAACAAGGAAAAGAAUUGAAUGAGGGAGAAGUAUUCUGUAGUACUUUUAUGAAACCUCAAUCUGUGAGUGGCUCAUUUUCCAAUUUAACAAGUUCAUCUUUCCAUUUAAUUCAUAUCAAUACUGGAAAUGCUGCUUCUCAAGUAGCUUCCAGUAAAUCGAACGAUGAGUUGGAUGGCGCGAAUUUAGACUCCAAUGAAUUGACCAAAACCAAAUUUUAUAACUCUCUCAGUAAUGCUGUGCACAACGCUCUCGAAUGUAUUGACACGUUGGAAUGUCAAUCCAUUGCGUAUGCACCAUUCCUCUAUCGAACAUCAAAAUCAGAAGUGAUUCCUCAAUAUGGACUUACCAAGAGCCAAUGGUUAGCAGCAGCAAGAUGCUUUUUCAGAUCCACUUUUGAACACUGUAUUGAAAAUCGUCUUUCAAGUACCUUGUUAGACAUUCGGUUCAUUGUCACCACAGAGGAAGAAGCAAAAAUUUUAAAACAUCAUUUGGAUAUUGAUUUCCAAUUUUUCAUAUUCAAUUUUGUGAAAUUGCAAGCUCAAUUUUCAAGACCUACCUCUUCCUUAGCGUCAACAGUCAUUGCACCUCAACCUAAAAAUAUCGAAUGGAUGGACUCCACAGAUGAAGAAUCUGAUCAAGCUAUGGAAAUUAAAUGUGCCACACUUCACAAACUCAUUGAACGAGUGACCUAUCACAAGAAUUAUGACAAUGCAUACUUGUAUGCGUUUUUAUUGACCUAUCGAUCUUUUACAACACCUCACGAUUUGAUGGACAAAUUAAUUGCACGAUAUAAUUUACCUCCUCCAAAUGCCAAGACCAUUACAAAAUCUGAAUUUACCAAGUGGCAAGAAGAAGUAUUGCAACAAGUUCGUUUGCGAGUCACACAAGUGGUCAAAUUUUGGAUUGAAAAUCAUUAUCAUGAUUUUGAGAAUGAUUCGGAAUUGUUAGAAAAAGUGAAAAAGUUGAGUACCAUCAUGGAGAAUACUCAGGGCAAACACUUUGCCACUCAAUUAUUGAAUUCUAUCAAGAGACAACAAUCACUCAACAAUAACAAUGUAGAAGUAUUUGUCAAGAUUGAAACUGCUGUGAAAUAUCCGAAAAAGUAUCGACCUGGAAAAGAUGACUUGUCCAAAUUUGAUAUUUUAGAAUGGCCCAGUUCUGAAAUUGCACGUCAAAUCACUCUCAUUGAGUAUAACAUGUUUAAGGCCAUAAAACCAAAGGAGUGUCUCAAUCAGUCAUGGAAUAAGGAGUCACGAGAACAAAAAGCAUUCAAUAUUUAUCAAAUGAUUACAUGGUUCAAUCGAGUGUCAAAAUGGGUCGCAAGUAGAAUCAUGAGCGAACCCAAUAUUAAGGAUCGUAAAGCAAUCAUGACCAAAAUGAUACAAAUUGCUGACGAGUGUCGAAAAUUGAAUAAUUUCAAUGCAGUAUUUGAAUUUGUCAGUGGUUUACAAAAUUCUGCAGUCCAUCGUCUCAAAAAGACAUGGGAAUUAUUGAAGAGCGAGUCGAAACGAGAUCAUGACGAGUUACUAUCACUCAUCAGUGGAGAUAAUAAUUUUAGAGCCAUUCGUCACGCUAUUCUCUAUGUAAAACCACCUUGCAUUCCCUAUAUUGGAGUUACAUUGACUGAUUUGACCUUUAUUGAAGAUGGAAAUCCAAAUAUUCUCAAUGACAAGAUUAAUUUUAUUAAGAGAAGAAAAUUGGCCUUGCUCAUUCGAGACAUUCAGACCUAUCAACAAACGCCAUACUCUCUACAAAGUGUUCCCGAAUUGCAAGAACGUUUGAAGGCGAUUACAAGUAUUGACGAUGAAAAAUUGUUCAAGUUGUCCUUGGAAUUUGAACCAAGACAACAAAAGACCACCAAUGUGUAA